AUGUGGUUUAGAGAUCCAUCCUUUGACCAAACUGUUGAUAGAGCGUGGGAAAGAGAAAAUACCAAUGCGCAAGGAAGGUUAGAAAAUGUGAAGGACUCUCUAAUUGAGUGGAAUAAGGAAGUUUUUGGGAACAUAUAUCUUAGGAAGAAAAGGGCGUUUAGAAGACUUGAGGGCACUCAAAUAGCGUUACAUUUAAACCCAACCUCACCUUUCCUACAAAACCUCGAGGAACAUUUAGAGAAGGAAGUUAAGGAAAUUUUAGAUCAAGAGGAGUGGCUUUGGAUUAUGAAAUGUAGGGUGGAUUGGAUAACGGAAGGGGAGAGAAACGCAGCUUUUUUCCAUCGAAGUGUCAUAAUUAAACGUGGCUCAAACCGCAUUCUUACCCUUAGAAAUGACGUUGGGGAAAAUCUGACCAGACCGGAGGAGAUUAGGAAUCACCUUAGGAGUGCCUUCCUGAACCUUUAUACUUCUGAUCACUUAGUGAGCCAGAAUGAUAUGCAUUUUCAGUAUGGUGACCUUAAUAUUACCCAAAAGCCUAGCCUUGACGAAAUUAAACUAGCUCUUUUCUCAAUGAAACCCCUUAAAGCCCCGGGGCCUGAUGGUUUCCAUCCUGUAUUCUUUCAGAAAAAGUAG